CAGCCAAACGAUCAAGUUUGAUUUUAGAGUAGAGUCGAGUCGAAAAAGAGAAACUCAAGUAAAUUAAAGCUAAUUAAAGCAAAGCCGUUGUUUUAUUCAAAGCGUUAAAAGUCAGAAAAAGACAUAUUAUAAAUAAGUAAAUAAGAAAUCAUCCAAGUUAAUUUUUGUGCGACUUAAGUUGCCUCUAAAAUGGCUGAAGCUCAUUCUGCCGUGGCAUUCUCCUUCGCCAUCACCCAUGAAGGAUUCGAUAUCAAUUAUGACCAAGAGGUUUUAAACCUUGUCUGGAACUCCGGAGUGCGAUCGUGGAAAAAGCGUUUGGCCCGUGCCCGGAACGGAAUUCGUAAUGGUGUCUAUCCGGCGCAUAUACAGAGUCUUUGGCUCAUCACGGCCAUUGCCAUGGGGCUACAUUUUUCUGGAUUUGCAGUUCCAUUCAAUCUUGUUCAUCAUAUUCUGGUGCAUCUACCCGCUAAUACAGUCAAUUGGCAAGUGACCGCUUGUUUUUUUGCAGCACUGAUUGUCUGGCUUUCUAUAUGUUUUACCAUGCGUUAUACGCUCAAAUUACUGCUUAUGUACAAAGGUUGGAUGUAUGAGUCCAGAGCGCCGGGCAGCAAGGUGACUUUAAAAACGAAAAUAUGGGCUGCAGUCGUGAAAAUACUCUCCAGCUGGAACACGCCUGGUCUGUAUAGCUUUCAGGGCUCUCUACCCAGGCUGCCUGUACCAGCGUUGCAUGACACAAUGCAGCGUUAUUUACGUUCUGUACGUCCUUUGUUGGAUGAUGAGAAUUACGUUCGUAUGGAGCGUUUAGCGAACGAGUUUGAGAAUACAAUCGGCAAAAAAUUGCAAUGGUACUUAAAAUUGAAAAGUUGGUGGGCUACCAACUACGUUUCGGAUUGGUGGGAAGAAUACGUUUAUCUCCGCGGACGUAGUCCUUUGAUGAUCAACAGCAACUUUUAUGGUACAGAUGCUAUUUUCAUGAAUUUGACUAGUAAUCAAGCAGCUCGUGCGGCGAAUGUUGUAUACUUGUUGUUGGGGUUCCGGCGUCUCAUCGAACGCCAAGAAUUGCAGCCGAUAAUGGUGCAAGGUAUGAUACCGCUUUGUUCAUGGCAAUAUGAGCGCACUUUUAAUACUGUACGGGUGCCCGGUCUAGAAACUGAUCGCAUUGUUCAUUAUCGCGAUUCAAAUCAUAUCGUUGUGCUCCAUAAAGGGCGUUACUUUAAGGUGAUUAUCUAUUUCAAGGGACGUAUACUAAGGCCAUGUGAAAUUCAAAUUCAAAUUGAAGAGAUACUGAACUCUAAAGCCACACCAUUGCCGGGCGAGGAACAUUUGGCAGCAUUAACAUCCAUGAAUCGUUCGAAGUGGGCUGAGAUACGUAACGCAAACUUCUCGCGGGGCGUAAACCGCGUUUCUCUCAACAUCAUCGAAUCGUCUGCUUUUGUAUUGUCAUUAGACGAUGAGCCUUUUGAAUUUGAUUUGGCACAACCGGAAUUGCUUGAUAAAUUUGGCAAGACAUUAUUGCAUGGAAAUGGAUAUAAUAGAUGGUUUGAUAAGAGCUUUACUGUGUGCGUCGGUACAAAUGGACGCGUGGGCUUUAAUGCUGAGCAUACUUGGGCCGAUGCUGCUGUUAUGGCUCACUUAUGGGAGAAUCUUGUUAUGGACGAUGCCGCCACAAAUGGGGCUGAUGCACCGGUUAUGGGUCAUCUUUGGGAAUAUAUGUUCGGUGAUGAUUUAUAUGGAUAUGACGAGGCCGGAAAUGCAAAGGGCAUUCCUGAAUUUCAGCCACCAUCUCCUACGCGAUUAAAUUGGGAACUAACUGCUUUGCAACCACAGAUUGAAGAGGCGACAUUGGAUGCUACCAAGCUAAUAAAUGACGUGGACUUACGCAUUCUGGUUCACAACGAGUAUGGAAAGGGUUUCAUGAAGAAGUGUCGAUUGUCACCCGACGCGUAUAUCCAAAUGGCUCUCCAGCUGGCCUACUAUCGUGACGCUGGUCGAUUCUCGUUAACAUACGAAGCAUCUAUGACUCGUUUAUUCCGCGAAGGUCGAACAGAAACUGUGCGGCCAUGCACGAUUGAAUCAGCGGCUUGGGUGAAAGCAAUGGAGGAUAAAAAUUCAACAAAUGAGGAGAGGAUAAAGUUAUUGCAAAAGGCAUGUAAGCGUCAUCAACUUGGCUAUCAGGAUGCUAUGUGUGGAAAAGGUAUCGAUCGUCAUCUAUUUUGUCUUUACGUCGUUUCUAAAUAUUUGGAGGUGGACUCGCCAUUCCUCAAUGAGGUAUUGAGCGAGCCGUGGCGCUUGUCAACAAGUCAAACACCUCACGGCCAAACCCCGAAAAUGGAUUUAAAGAAGCAUCCAAACUGCAUAAGUUCAGGCGGAGGUUUUGGGCCAGUUGCCGACGACGGCUAUGGUGUAUCAUACAUCAUAGCAGGCGAAAACUUAAUCUUCUUCCACAUAUCAGCUAAAUUAAACUGCAAACAGACGGAUGUUCAUCGAUUUGCAGAAAAUAUUUGUAAGGCUUUAUCCGAUAUUCGUGAAAUAUUCGAGAAACACUUUAAAAAGCAAAUGUGCCAAGAAGAAAAUAAUACCAACAACGGUACUGCCUCAACAAAGCCACAUAAGGCGAAAGUAGUAAAAUAAAAUUAUAUAAUGAAAUUAAUAUUAGAAUUUGCAAAAUAAUAUAGUAAUUGUUAAAAUAUGAUAGAUGAUCUGUAUCAUAAUAUUUUUUUUGUAUAGCAUAAGUCGGAGCGAUUGAGUCAAAUUACUAAUUUUCUCAAACCGUAAGCAAUUUUAAGCUUAUUUGUAAGCCUAUUUUUAAGAAAGUGAAUAAAAGAUCCAAUUAUGCAGCUUAA